AUGCUCCCCCAGGCACACACUUGCACGAACACGCUUGAGCUGCCCAACUACUACGAGGCUCUCAAGGAGUCUGGGACUGUGGACGCUGACGACGCAGCCGCCCUCGACGCGCGGCUGCGCGCCGUGCUGGGGGAGCGGCUGCGCACCGCCAUCCGCGAGACGGGCGGCUACGAGCUGGACGCGGUGGGCUGCCCCGAGGACGACGGCGACGAGGAGGAGCUCGCGCCGCCGAAGGGCCGCGGGCCAUCGUCCCCGCGACCGCCCGAGGGGCCGUCGGGCGCGGAGGAGGACGGGGGCCGCAGGCGCAGGCCGCCGUGGCCAGCUGCUCGUGGCGCAGCGCGUCGUCGGCGUCGCCGGCGACCACCGUGCCGCUCGCGUCCCCAGGGUCGCCUGCUGACCAGACAUCUGCGUACAGCGACGCUGGGCGCAGCGAGAGCGUCGCGGCCAGUGGGUCGGCCUCGCUGGGCGGCGCCCUGCCGAAGGGGCCCGUGUCCGACGACGACCUCUCCUCCGUGGAGGAGGCGGCGGCGGCGGCCGACAGCGCGCCGGGACCUUCGAGGAGCGGCGCGGCGCGGCGCGGGGCCCGCCGCGGACGCGGCCGAGGGGGGCGUCCGCGGCCUCUGCCGCGGCAGCGGCGGCAGCGGUGGCGCCGCGGAGGCAGCUGCGAGCGCGACCGCCAUCGCCAGCUCGCCUCUGCGAUCAGGGGGCAUCGCGCGGCUACCGCCUCUGGACAAGAAGCCUGAGCCGCCGCAUGCAGUCUCGGGCACUCUGACCUCUGACUCGGACUGCGUCGACCGGAACGCCUCCAUCGUGGAGGUGAGCGAGAUCAUGUCGAUCCGAAAGCAGGCCUGGGCCACGGACUCCGGCCACGCGCCCCCGGCGAAGACGGGCCAUCGCGGCAGCACGCCCGCCGCGGCGCCGCGCCCGGAGAGUGCCAAGGAUGCAGAUGUCGACGACUGCAUCGAGCAGCUCCUCGAGGACUUGGGGUAAUGACCCGCUGCGCGUUUCAGUAACCUUAGGGCGCGCCCUGCUCUGAAAGGGCGCCAGUCGUACUUAGGGGUGUCGAAAUGUGGGGCCGUGGGUACGUAGCAGGUCUGUCGGAA